AACAUGCAUUCUUAACAGAUCAUAGCUUCUUAUACGUUCUCAUAAGUAUUUCUCUGAAGUUCUACAAGAAUUCAAGCAAUGGCUAGUCCUUCCUUACAUGAAUUCAAGAGAAAGACUUCUUUCUUCUUCAAAGAACAGAUCAAGGUCGCCAGGCUCGCCUUCACUGAUGUUACACCUGCAGAAAUUCUGACGGAAGAGGCUACGGAUGGAAGUUUGAUGACAUUGGAUAGUAGAACUGUCAGAUUCUUGUCGCGUGCAGCGUUUGAAGUUGAUGAGUACUGGAGAAUUGUGGACGUUCUGCAUAAGAGGCUGUGGAUGUACGACAAAAAGCAGUGGCAGUGUUCAUAUAAGGCGCUUAUUUUGCUGGAGGGACUUCUAACGCAUGGUCCCAAGAGAGUUGCAGAGGAUUUUCAGCAGGAUAAAGACAUUAUUUGGGAGAUGGGAAGCCUCAAAUUUGUUGAUGAGAAAGGGUUCAACUGGGGAUUAAGUGUCCGAAACAAAUCUGAGAGAAUACUGAAGCUGCUUAAAGACGAGUCAUAUCUUAAACAAGAGAGGGAUAAAGCUCGAAAGAUAACAAGUGGGAUAAAAGGUUCAGGAAGUUUUUGCCAGCGUUCUAUUUCCGCAGAUUCAAACUCUAAACAAUACGGAAGAUGCAAUUCACAUUACAAUACUUCCCAAAACAACAAGGACGACCCAAACAACAGAUAUUUUUUCGACGAAAGAGUACAAAAUUUACCAGAAUUUUCCGAAGGUUACAGAUUCAUACCGGACUAUGCAAGGGAAAAAACUGAUUCUGGAUUCAGUUCUCGGCAUGGAUAUACAGAAGAUCACCCAUUUUGUGAGGACCGAUAUCAUCAAAUCAGAGAAUCCUUAAUUUCUCCAAAUUUUUAGUAAUUGUGACCUUUGUAAAUUGUAAUAGUGAGAUGAAUCGCAUGAACAUUAUUUACCAAGGGAAUUUCAUUUCAGUUUUCAUAUAAA